AUGUUCCAGCCAAUACCCUCAGGGUCGAGUGUCCCUAUCGCUAUCUGCGGCAUGGGAAUGCGAUUGCCUGGCGGGAUUCACCACGAGGAAGAGCUUUAUAAUUUCCUCAUCGAGCAGAAAGAUGCUCGCUCUAUUGUUCCCCCCAAUCGAUACAAUGUCGACGCCCACUUCAGCCCUCAUGGCAAAAAAGGCACAGUAAUCACGCGACAGGGCUACUUCCUUGACGCCGAUCUGUCAAAUUUUGAUCCCACUACAUUCAAAAUCACGGCGACCGAGGCUUCUCACCUGGACCCUAAUCAAAGACUGUGCUUAGAAGUAGUUCGCGAAGCUCUCGAAAGCGCCGGCGAGACAAAUUGGCGGGGAAAGAAGAUUGGAACAUAUGUGGGCUUGUUUGGAGAGGACUGGCAGGAUAUGCGACAAAAGGAUGCCAGUUUCAACAGCUCCUACGGACUGAUCGGCGCGCUGGAUUAUGCAAUCGCCAAUCGGAUUUCAUACGAAUAUGACCUAAAGGGACCCAGUGUGAUGGUGAAGACCGCAUGUUCGUCAGCCGCAGUUGGCCUACAUGAGGCGAUGCAGGAGAUCCAAAGAGGCAACAUCACUUCGGCGAUCGUGGCAGGAGCAAACCUGAUCUUCGCACCUGGAAUGACGGUCGCCAUGAGUAUUCAAGCAGCACUAUCCCCUGAAGGAUCGUCCAAGUCAUUUGAUGCAGCUGCAGACGGCUAUGCUCGCGGAGAAGCUGUCACAGCAAUAUAUAUUAAGCAGCUUGACGAGGCGAUUCGAGAUGGGAACCCCAUACGGGCUAUUCUUCGAGCAUCAUCCAGCAAUUCUGAUGGAAGGACACCCGGAUUCAGUACCCCGAAUGCCGACUCUCACGAGGCAGCCAUGCGUGAGGCAUAUUCGAUUGCUGGCCUAGACUUCUCUCAGACCGCAAUGGUAGAGGCACACGGCACGGGGACAGCCACGGGUGAUCCAAUCGAGGCAGAGGCAAUUGCUAGGUGUUUCGGCAAGGAAGGAGUGUACAUUGGCGCGGUCAAACCAAACCUGGGUCAUAGUGAAGGCGCCGCAGCUCUCACGAGUCUCAUCAAAGCGGUGGUCUCGCUUGAACACCAGACAAUCAUCCCGAAUAUCAAGUUCAAGACACCCAAUCCAGCGAUCCCAUGGAAAACGGCAAAGCUACAAGUCCCGGUGAAGGUUUGCCCAUGGCCCAUGGAUCGUGCUGAGCGAGUGAGUGUGAACUCAUACGGCAUUGGUGGAUCUAACGUCCAUUUUAUUCUGGACUCGGCUGCCUCCUUCAACCUUGGAAGACCAAAGUCAAUCCCACCAGCGGUCAAUGACCACAGCCAGACAAAAGAACUACUGAUUUUCUCCGCUGGUCAUCCGGAAUCUGUAAAGUCGAUGGUGAAAAACCAUCAAAAUUAUCUAGCCAAGUUCCCCGAUCGUUUGAGAAAAAUUGCUUAUAAUCUCUCUGAGAGAAGAGAGCGACUGAAAUACAGAGCUUUCUGUGUCUCAAAUGGGAGUCAGCUGCUGUCUGAGACUGCCCCAGCGCCGUGCAGGAAUUUGAACAAAAUUGCCUUCGUGUUUACAGGGCAAGGAGCCCAGUGGGUACAUAUGGGACGUGAUUUGAUGUUGGAGUUUCCAUCUUUCCUAGAGAAUAUUCGAUCCAUGGACCGUGUAUUAAAGACCCUUGAACAUGCACCCUCUUGGUCUAUUGAAGAAACAACAGACGUUCUUUGCCACACAGAUGAUGCAAACGUCUUGUCACAACCAGAAUAUUCUCAAACAAUCUGUACUGCUCUACAGAUCGGACUUGUAGACCUGUUAGAAUCAUGGGGUGUCAAGCCAUUCGCUGUCGUUGGGCAUUCCAGUGGCGAAAUAGCCGCUUCAUACUCAGCCAGAUCUUUGACGAAGACAGAAGCCAUUAUCAUUGCCUUCUACCGCGGUCAUGUCUGCAAGGACCCGCCGCAGAAGGGGGGGAUGGCAGCCGUUGGGCUAGGUAAGGCAGAAGCCGCUGCUUUCUUGCUUUCGGGAGUUAGUGUUGCUUGUGAAAACAGUCCAUCCAGUGUGACUUUGGCAGGGAAUGUGGAUGCUCUAGAGACGGUUAUGGCCAAGAUCAAGAAGGCGAAUGAGGACACAUUCGUUAGAAGACUGAAGGUGGAAAUGGCUUAUCAUUCCGGUAUAGGCUUCAAUACCCAUUUGAGCAGUCUCACAAAGCUUGAUGCUAAUACCGAGAAAUUAGACCACAUGGGUGAUUUGGGAGACAAAUACCGUGACCUGGUCGCUAGCCACCUUGACCCUCGUCCGCCCAGAAUCCCAUUUUACUCUAGUGCGUAUGGCGGAACGGUACUUUCCGAGGCGUCUCAAUUCGGCCCGCACUACUGGCAGGAGAAUUUGGAAAAUCCCGUUCUCUUUAACGCCGCUGUCAAGUCUAUGGUUUCUACAACACCUCAGUUGGUUCUAUUGGAGGUUGGACCACACUCGAGUCUGCGAGGCGCACUAAGCCAAAUCACACAACCACUUCCCUCCACAGUCAUUUAUGUCCCCACGUUGGUCCGCGAUAAGAACGAUACAGAGUCGUUUCUUUCAACGAUAGGCCAGCUCUUUACAGCAGGUGCGGAUAUCAGAGCUCAUUCAGAUCCUACCGAUGCUAUAGUGCUACCAGAUCUGCCAACAUACCCAUUUCAUUACGAAAAAAGUUACUGGGUUGAGUCAAGAGUGAUGAGCAAUUGGCGAUUCCCGAAGCACCUUCCACAUGACUUGUUGGGUAUUCGGACUCUGGAAGGAACUGAUAUGGUCCCAGCUUGGCGAAAUAAUCUUCAGCUUUACGAACUUCCUUGGCUGAGGGAUCAUCGGGUUGGGAAGGAUAUCGUAUUCCCAGCUGCUUGUUACAUUGCCUUAGCUGGCGAAGCCGCAUUCCAGCUGACCGAGGGCGAUGCACGGGACUAUACUGUGAAGUCUGUGGAUCUUCAUCAGGCUUUACUUCUUCAGGAAGACGCCGCGACCGAAAUUGUUACAACUCUUCGCCCUCAGCGCCUGACAACAAGCCUCAAUAGUGACUGGUACGAGUUCCUGAUCGUAUCGCAUGAUGGAGAAACGUGGAAGAAGCAUUGCUCUGGAUUAGUACGAAUCGGUCGUGCGUCUACGCCACCUCCAGCCUUCAAAAAGGUAGCGGAGACCCUCCCCAGAAAGGUCUCAUCAACCCGUUGGUACGAAGCCAGUGCCCGUGUCGGACUGAAUUAUGGCCCUUGUUUCACAGGCCUCCAAAAGAUCACCGCUGGCGUUACCGAGACCAGGUCCGCGGUGGAUAUCAUUGAUAAACCUGAGACAGCAUCCGAAUCCAUAUACCCUCUCCACCCAAUCACUCUGGACUUGGCCUUCCAGGCACUGACAGUAGCCAUCUUUAAGGGUGACUAUCGCACGGUUGAAUACCUCCCUCUACCCAAAUUCCUCGGAGAGAUCUAUGUCGGCCAUGGCACAGGUAAGAAGAUCCAUAUCUCCUCCACGAGCGGCGGUCAAAAUUCGUCUGGUGGUCAUCUGUACGGGAUCGGGGAAGACGGGGACUUGCUCCUCUACCUGAAAGAUCCGGUGCAUAUAUGCCUAGAGAAGGACAGUGAUGGCCCAGAGCCAAUGGCUGUCACUUUGGAAUGGAAACCCGACUUUUCCCUCCUCGACAGUGGCAAACUGACCAGACCAAUUUACGAUAUCCGAGAACAAGUCAUAUUGGGCGAGAGACUCUACGUGCUCUGUGCUCUUGAGUCUAACAUCGCCUUACAAGGCGUCUCAACAGCGCAGCCACAUCUUGAGCGGUAUAGGCAGUGGCUGGGGAUUCAAUGUGCGCGAUUGGCAGAGCCCGGCUACAUUCUGGCCGAGGAUUCGGUUGACUUGGUCAACAUGGCUUCCGAAGAUCGCCGCAAGCUGAUUCCCAAGAUUCUUGAGCAAUGCAAGGCGAUCGGUUGUGGUGAUAUUGGAAUCGCAAUCUGGAAGGCAUAUGAUCAGCUGGUUAACAUAUUUGAGGGGGAAACGGACUUCCUCGACCUCGUCAUCAAUGAUGGGACAUUGUCAAAUGUAUAUAAUUGGGCCAACGACAUGUGGGACGUCAGCGAGUUUUUCCAGCUCCUCGGCCAUAUGCAACCCCAGAUGAAAGUACUCGAGAUUGGAGCUGGCACAGGUGGGCUGACUGCCAAGGUUCUUGAACACCUUCGCUCGUCGUAUGGGGAACGGCUUUAUUUGCAGUACACCUUUACAGAUGUGUCGUCUGGUUUCUUUCCAGCUGCAAAUAAGAGGUUCGCAGAGUACCAGGCUAUCGAGUAUAAGGUUCUCGAUAUCUCAAGACAUCCGCUGGAGCAGGGGUUCCAGCGCGAGGAGUACGACCUUAUCAUUGCCUCCAAUGUUCUACAUGCCACUCCCAUUCUGCAUGAUACGCUUGUUCAUGUCAGAACUUUACUGAAGCCUCAGGGCCGGCUAUUCUUACAAGAGCUCUCUCCAGUUGGAAACAGCAUGGGCUAUAUCAUGGGCAUCUUCUCGGGCUGGUGGCUCGGGGCAGCAGACGGCCGCGACGAAAAACCUUUCAUUUCGCCUGAAGAAUGGGAUACAAGGCUGCGUUCUGCAGGAUUUAACGGGUGCGAGACGGUCAAGUUUGAUAAUAAGAAGCCGUAUCACCUCAAUGCAAAUAUCGUGGCCCGGCCAGCAAUCGAGGUUGAAUAUUCCCGAACUAUUACGCUCCUUUCUGGCCCAUCCGCAAUCCAUCCGCUGGCAUUCAAGGUGGAGACACUGCUACAGCAAAAAGGAUACCAGACGAUGCACUGCCAAUUGGGUGAUGAGCAGCAUACUAUCCCGGACCAGGAUCUGAUAUCGUUUCUUGACCUUGAUCAACCUUUCUUGAAAGCCCCAAGCGAAGCAGACUGGGAUCAAUUCCUUCAUACAAUUGGGACUCUGCAACAGGCAUCUGUUCUUUGGCUUUUACCUCUGACGCAGAUAAAAUCGAACGAUCCGCAUACAGCAUUGAUUCUUGGGGUGACUCGAACCAUCCGCUCGGAGCUCGCAAUGCCCCUCAGCACUCUUGAAAUGGAAUCUCACACUAGUUUGGAAGCGGCAGUUGCUGUGGUUGAUGUCCUCAACAAAUUGCAACAACACAAUGAGGAUGACGGGGACCUCGAUCCAGACAUGGAGUACUGUUGGGCUAAUGGUGCUGUGCAUGUUGGACGGUACCACUGGUACCCAGUCAAGAAGGCCUUGAAAGAAACGGCAGCAGAACCUGCCACAAAGGUGUUGAGGAUUGGGACCCAUGGACUGUUACAAUCUCUGUAUUGGAGUGGAUGUGCUCUACCUGAGCUUGGAGCAGAUCAAGUGCAGAUUCAAACGCAAGCUGUUGGAUUGAACUUCAAAGAUGUGCUUGUUGCCAUGGGCGUGGUGGAUAAUGCCUCAAAGGAUGCUAUUUUUGGCGUGGAGGGGGCUGGAUACGUUAGCAAGACCGGCGCAAACGUUGACCAUCUCGAAGUGGGAGACAGGGUUGUAUAUAUCGGAGCUUCCACGGUUGGUCUGGCGACGGAGGUCCAGAGACAGGGAUGCUUCACUCUGCGGAUACCGGACCGCCUCAGCUUUGAGGAUGCGGCGACCAUGUCUGCCGCGUAUGUCACGGUACUCCUUGGUGUUGUUGAAAAGGCACGUCUUGAACGCGGACAGUCUAUCCUCAUCCAUGCAGCCACGGGAGGUGUCGGCAUUGCGGCUGUCAAUGUAGCACGGUGGCUUGGACUGGACAUUUACUGCACGGUGGGUAGUGAACGCAAGGUGGAAUUCUUAGUCCAAGAGCAUGCCAUUCCUCGCGAUCGGAUUUUCCAUUCGCGUAAUACCAGCUUUCGAGAUGACAUCAUGGCAGCGACUAAUGGUGUAGGCGUCGACUGCGUACUGAACUCUCUCUCGGGGGAGUUGUUGCACGCCUCAUGGGAGUGUGUAGCCGCAUCGGGCUGCAUGAUUGAAAUCGGGAAAAGAGACAUGAUCGGUCGAGGCCAGCUGGCUCUUGAUAGAUUUGAAGACAACCGCACGUAUAUCGGGAUUGACUUGAGCAGAUACAUUGUCACCAACCCCACCAAGAUCAUGAGGCUAAUGAACCUGAUGUUGCAUCUCUACAAUGGGGUCCACAUCCGGCCCAUCGAUCCCAUCACUCUCUACGGCGCCAAUGAGGUCCAAGACGCCUUCCGGUACAUGCAACAAGGGUCCCAUAUCGGAAAGGUCGUCAUCAAGUUUCCGGAGGAUCAAGGAGCACUUCGAUGGACUGUAGAGACACCCACGCCAUCAUUCAAACAAGAUCGAGCUUACCUCCUGGUCGGUGGAAUGGGCGGGUUGGGACGGGCCAUUGCUACAUGGAUGGUUACUCAUGGCGCCAGGUAUCUCAUUUUCCUGUCGCGCUCUGCGGGGACGUCAGAAAAUGACAAGAUGUUCAUCCAAGAGCUUGAAGCAAGGGGUUGCACAGUACAAGCCUGGGCGGGAGAUGUCGCCGAUCCCGUACUCGUCAAGAAUGCCAUCCAGCAAGCGCCAGUGCCAAUUGCCGGUGUCAUGCAAAUGGCGAUGGUCCUCUGCGACGUGGGAAUCUUGGACAUGAGUCUCGAGGAUUACCACACUGCUCUCAAACCAAAGGUGCAUGGAACCUGGAAUAUCCACAAUGUAUUGCCAAACGAGUAUCUUGACUUCUUCGUCAUGUUCUCUUCUGUCUGUGGUCAGAUGGGAUACUAUGGACAGGCCAAUUACGCUGCUGCCAACACCUUCCUCGACGCUUUCGCGCAGUAUCGACAUUCUCAAGGAUUGAAAGCAUCGGUCCAAGAUAUCUGCGCAAUCAAUGAUGUGGGGUUCAUCAGCCAAAAUCCCGCUGUCAAAGUCUCCAUGCAGGCCGGAUCAACCCGACUGAUCACCGAACAGGACUUCCUCGAUACACUGCAGUUGACUAUUGCGAAAUCAUCCAGCCCCUCAGUCUCAUACCCUGCCAGAAUGGAGGACCUGGGAACUGGUCUUGUGUUUCACAACCCAAGCCAAGUCACCCAAAUGUCGGAGUGUCAGUUACCCAUCAUGCACCCAGAGAACCACAUCAUCUGGAAACGUGACCCUCGCAUGGCCAUCUAUCGGAACAUCGAGACAACCUCUACAAAAGCCGAGACCACGAGUAACGGACUGAGAUCAUUCCUCUCGGAAAUUAACGAUGACCCGGCCCUACUCCAGCAACCUGCAGCUGCAGAAUUUCUGGCUCGAAAGCUCCGAGACCGUGUGGCAGCCUUCCUGAUGCGGCGAGAGAGUGAAGAACCGCUGGACCUUGGACUCACGCUCACAGAGGCUGGUGUAGAUUCUCUGGUAGCAAUCGAAGUACGGAAUUGGUGGAAACAAAACCUUGGAGUGGAGAUAUCUGUGCUUGAAAUGAAAAACGGAGGCAGCAUGCUUGAUAUUGGAGGGCUGGCAGCGAAAAGGCUCCGGGAAAAAUUGAGCAGCAGUGCGAAAGUUGACUGCGAGUUCAACUAUACCUGCGCGGGUCUCAAUUGA